AUGGAAUCUCAGAACCUUCUACCGAAGGGCAUAAUUAAAUUGGAGAACUUCGACAUCUUUGCUGGUGGCAGUGAUGAGCCAGUUCUUUCGAUUCACUUGUCGGAUACCACUGCUCGUGGACCGCCACCGGCUUACCAUCCAGAAGGGGCUCGUAUACCGUUCGACCAAACACACCAGCGAACUGGGACCGAAAUGUUGAGCGGGCUCUGUCAGAAAAUGAUUCUCCAGAGCGGGAACUCGACGCCGACGACUUGGUUGAAAAUUACUCAAGCGUCGUGCAAAGCAAUCGGGAAGGCCACCCAAACGACGCCGGGGACGUUUCGAGCCCGACAGAAGUGCGAACAGCUCAUAACACUCCUCGGCGUGAGGUGCGGUGGCAACUUGACAAGAGUGCAAACAAUAGAAGCCUCGAGUCCAUAUCAAAGCGAGAUUUGCACAAUAUGUGGCCAGCUUGUUCAACAUCCUAGCAAUCCGGUGCCUCAUCCUACUACUAAUCGUCGGCGACAGCCUCCGCAAAAAAUAGAUAUCCCGACACCAUCCACCAGGAGUUAUCCGCCUGAAUCGUCUUCUUCUUAUGACAAUGAUUCUCCCUUGGAGGCAGUCACGCCUGUCGGAGCGUACAGCCCACCGUCUGGGGAGCCAAAUUUGCAUGUUCUUGGGAUGGAAAGUCCUGGGUUGUUCGGUCGUCGCUCACCCCCCGACUCGUACUCUCAUGCUUUUUAUCUCAUUCUUGUUGCAGACAAUCCUUCCAUUUAUCUCACACCAUCCCUUGAGGAGCCGGCUGCCUUCCAUGAUUUUGAAAGCUCCGGAUUGUUCCGCCCUCGCUUGGAAUCUGACGCGGACUGGGGCAUUGCGACGCCAGAGAACCAAAUACUCAACAUCCAGAUGUCGGGCAGCGCUUGGCAACCCGAUCCUGCCUUCACGUUUGGUGAGCCUCGCUCAUCCUCUGAUUCGUACUCUCAUAAUUUCUAUCUCAAUUUUGUUGCAGACUAUUCUCGCUUGGAGACAAUCACAGCGUACAGCCCACCGUCUGCAGAGCCAAAUUUGCGUGUUUUUGGGAUGGAAAAUCAGGUCGAAAACGAGGCUUACUUCCCUUCGAAUUUUCUUCCGAGUUCCAUCCUUGAUCCUCACGAUCCGAGAACGGCAUUGGAUGACGAACUCAACCGCAUGAACGCUUACGACGACAACCCAGCUGGGAUAUUCGGAAAGAGAACUGGGUCUCUUCUUUAUGAUAGUCCUGGCGCUGGAUAUCUAGACUUAGAUCUCCGGGGAAAUGUUUUUUGA